AUGGCCGAGAUGGAAAAUAUGUUAGCACAAAUGCAAGCUUUACAACAUGAAAUCAACACUCUUCGAGAGUCUCAGGCGAAUGUGAAUGACGCAUCAAGAUCAAAUCUUCAGAAAGUUCAUAUUCCGAAAUUCAACAAACACAAUCCGCAUUUGUGGUUUGCGCAAAUUGAGAGAUCAUUUGCUUUGUGUUCCAUCACAUCGGAUUCAGACAAAUUUGAUCUUGUCUCGGUACGUCUGGAAGACGAAAUACUUUUAUCAAUUGAGGACCUGAUAACGAAUCCUCCUCAGAUUGAUAAAUUUGGUACAUUAAAGGAACGUCUCAUUACAAAAUUUGCUGAAACUUCUGAAUCUAAACUGCGACGUUUAUUACAGGGUUGUGAAACCGCAGGUAAAAAACCUUCGGAGAUUUUAUCGACUAUGAGACGUCUAGCUCCUGGUAAACAAAAUGAGGCAAUUAUUCGCACACUAUUUAUGGGUAAAAUGCCAGAUUCAAUUCGUCCCAUAUUAUCCGUUUGGAAGGACGAUGAUUUGGAAAAGCUUUCCGAAACGGCCGACAAAAUGCUAGAUGCUAAUUACAACGUGACAAGUUCCGUAUCAGUAGCACCUUUACGUUUCGACGCAAGUGUUCCAGUGGAUGCAGUUGCUCCCCAUAUGACUUUUUCUGACGUUUGCCAAGCGAUUAAGAAUUUAACAGAUGAAGUUAGGAAAAUUCAGUUACAACAGAACGACAACAGAGUUAAAUCUAAUCGACAACAGUCCAGAUCUCGUAGUCGUUCACGAAAUUCUCACCAGAAUUCAACUGAGGUACAAUUAUGCUGGUAUCAUACGAAAUUUGGUGAUGCAGCCCAGCAUUGUAAACCAACCUGCCCCCGCUGGAAACCUAAUUCGGAAAACUAG